ACGUUUACAACUGAGACGGGUCUCCCCAUUGGCCGUCAUUUUACACAUGACUUUUUUUCCUCGCCGCUCACAGGACUGAAGUAGAAGUAGAUUAGACUGCAGUACCCAUUUCAAACACCAGGUGUCAGAGUUAAAUACUGCUCCUUUAAUAACUUAUUGGUUUAUUUGGAUGAACUUCUGCAGCCUCUUCUCACCAGAAUAAAGGCUUUAACCUCUUUCCUGUUUACUUACCUGUUUAUCCUCUCCUGUCCUCUGAUUGGUUUAGAGCCCUGUCCGUCGUUGCUGCUGCAGAGACACAUGGCGGAGCUGCUCAGCAUGGACAAAGACAUGGCCGCCUCUUUCCUCAACAGCGUCCUGAACCAGCUCAACUGGGCGUUCUCCGAGUUCAUCGGCAUGAUCCAAGAGAUCCAGCAGGCUGCAGAGCGUCCAGAGAGAAACUUUGUGGACACUCGUCAGCUGAAGGUGUGUGCGACCUGCUUCGACCUGUCCGUUAGCCUGCUGCGCGUGCUGGAGAUGACGGUCACUCUGGUGCCUGAGAUCUUCUUGGACUGGUCCCGCCCCUCUGCAGAGCUGCUCCUCAGACGACUCGCUCAGCUGCUGAACCAGGUGUUGAACAGAGUGACCGCCGAGAAGAACCUGUUUGAUCGAGUCGUCAACCUGAGACUGCCAGGUCUGGAGAGUGUAGACCAUUACCCCAUCCUGGUGGCUGUUACGGGGAUUUUGGUUCGGAUCCUGGUGGACGGAGACCGACAGGGGUAAGACUUGUUUCUUAUUUUUGUGUUUGUUUGUCCACGCUGGAUUUUUACCCACAAUGCACCUGAGCUUUGGUGUGUUUGUGUGAGUGUAAUGGGUGACACACAUCACUCUUUGUUUGCUGCUUGGAGAAAAUUCUUUUUUCUGAUCGUUUGCUCAUAAUCGGUCGAAGCUGGUUUCAUGUUGAUGUUUCUCAAGGCUGCAGGAUUAUUUGAACGGUUCAUUGGUC